AUGCCGAGACUGGCACAGUGUCUGCACACUGGCUCUUGCUGGAAAAAAGACGAACAAGACCCGCCCCGCAAGUCAGCGCUCCGAUCCCCCAAGCGACCAGCCCGUCGCAUUGAUCCAGAUCAGGAUGGGACCGUCGACUCGAGGGCUCGGAGCACCAGCAGUAAUCGUGACGACAGCACUCCGCGUGCCCGCCCACCCAUCGGAUCUCAUGGCCUUCCCCCACGCUUGGUCAAAAGUCAUGGUCUCGAUAAUAGCACGCGUGAAUCUCUCUCCUAUGAGCGCUUUGUCGCAUCACUCAGCACCACAGCCAAAAACAAUGGUGAUAAGAGCAAUGACUCAAGUUCAGACGCUGACAAGCCCCCGGGACGUAACCGCUCCGUUCGUCGGGUCAUUGAUGUUCCCCGCACAACGGCCAAGUCAUUAUCGAGCCAUGAUGGAGAUGCAUCAGAUGAUGCCAGCAAGGACGUGGAUAAGACUGGCGGCGGCGGAGGUGGCAGCGGUAGCAGUGGUGGCGGUGGUGACUAUCGGUGUCCCAAAUGUUUUACCAAGCAAACGCUACGCAUGUCGGUUGUCAAGCCACAGAAGAAGAAAGCUCCCGAAGCACCCCUUAUUUGGACACAAAGCACUCCAAAGCCGCGCCAGAUCGUGAACACUCUUAACGAAUAUGUGGUGGGCCAGUCUUAUGCUAAAAAGGUUCUGGCAGUGGCCGUCUACAACCACUACAAGCGCGUGUCCGCAAACCUCAAGGAAGAGAGCUCAGAGGUGGCCCAUGAUACACGCUUUGACAAGUCCAAUAUCCUGAUGUGCGGUCCUACGGGCUCGGGAAAGACGCUCUUGGCACGCACAUUGGCAGAAAUUUUGGAUGUGCCCAUUGCCAUUGCCGAUUGCACUUCGCUGACGCAGGCCGGAUACGUCGGCGAGGACGUGGAAUCUGUUUUGUACAAACUCCUGGCAGCUUGCAACUUCAACGUGGAGCAGGCCCAGCGCGGCAUUGUGUUUUUGGACGAGAUUGACAAGAUUGGCUCUCCAAAGGGAGGCUUUGUGGCGACGCGCGACGUCUCGGGGGAGGGCGUGCAGCAGGCCCUGCUCAAGUUGCUCGAGGGCACAAUCGUGCAGGUUCCCGACAAGUCUGCCAGCAAGGUGCGGGGUCAAGAGUCUUACUCGAUUGAUACCAGCAACAUCCUCUUCAUUGGAUCGGGUGCCUUCAAUGGACUGGAGAAACUCAUCUCGAAUCGUCAAGCCAAGGGGUCUCUCGGCUUCAACGCGACGCUCAAGGAUCCUAAAGCCCCCGUCGACGGCAAGCUCUUGCGCUCAGUCAUUUCAACCGAUCUGGUCAAGUUUGGUCUCAUCCCCGAGUUUGUCGGCCGCUUUCCUUGCGUGGUGCAUCUGGAGGCCCUUGAUCGCAACGACUUGAUUCACGUGCUGACCGAGCCCAAGCACUCGCUCCUGUCGCAGUACAAGGGUCUUUUCCGCAUGGACAAUGCUGAGCUUGUACUGGAGCCGAGUGCGUUGGAAGCCAUUGCCGACAAGGCCUUGGAGCGCGGCAUUGGUGCACGUGGACUGCGUUCCAUCCUCGAGCAAGUCCUAUUGGAUGCCAUGUUUGACACGCCCGGUAGCACGCACGCGAGUGUCAUCAUUAAUGACAAGGUGGUCAUGGGUGAGGCCGAGCCAGAGUAUAUUCUGGAUUCUGAGCGGAGUGACCCGACGACGCAAGGCGCCGCCACUGAAGCCAAUGACGAUGGCGAUGGCGAGGAGGAAGCUGUCAUCGAGCAACGUGCUUCUGCCUGA